GAUCGGGCCUCUGGGACUGCGCUGGCGGAGGCGACGCGGAGCCCGGGCUUCGCCGCGGGGCUGGGUUCCCGGUGGGCUCUCCUGCCUCGUGGGGAAGCUUGGAGCGGCGGCCGUGAGGGCUGAGUGUGGACCGUCACCGCCAGCAGCCGAACAACGCACUGACUCGCGCUGAGACCUUAGCGACAGCUGCCUGAUUGCCCUCCUCUGGCCUCUCCGCUCAUCCAUUCUUUCUGGCUGGGCACGUAGAAUCUGGCAUCUGAGGAUGCAGAGAUGGAUAAAACACACAGCCUUGCCUUUAGGAGCUUACUAGAGUGAAGGAGAAAAGCUGUAAAAGUAUCGGCGUGAUAAGUAGCACUGUUUUAACGUCCAUGGGGAUCGUUGUGCUGGAGCUGUACUGGAAGCAUGCUCCAAAGACCUGUAAGAACUUCGCUGAGUUGGCUCGUCGAGGUUAUUACAAUGGCACCAAAUUCCACAGAAUCAUCAAAGACUUCAUGAUCCAGGGGGGUGACCCAACAGGGACAGGUCGAGGUGGGGCAUCUAUCUAUGGCAAGCAAUUUGAAGAUGAACUUCAUCCAGACCUGAAAUUCACUGGGGCUGGAAUUCUUGCAAUGGCCAAUGCAGGGCCAGAUACCAAUGGCAGCCAGUUCUUUGUGACACUAGCUCCCACCCAGUGGCUUGACGGCAAACACACAAUUUUUGGCCGUGUGUGCCAGGGUAUAGGAAUGGUGAAUCGAGUGGGAAUGGUGGAAACAAAUUCCCAGGACCGCCCUGUGGAUGACGUGAAGAUCAUCAAGGCAUACCCUUCUGGGUAGUCUUGCUGCUCUCGUGGGCACACCAGGUCUUCUGAGACGGCCCAGUCAACCAGCUUCCAGAUGACCUACAAUGACAAAUAACUCUGAACUUCAUUUUGGCCUUUCAAAUCAUGGAGCUAAGGAGGCCUGGGGUCUUGAGUGAGUUAGAGAUGGAAAUAUAUUUUAAUAGAAUGCUUCUGUUUACAUCUCCCUGAGCCUAGGUGGACAGAGCAUUUGCAGAAAUGCCCAUGCAUGAAUAUACACAGGUUGCUGCCCCCUGCAGACAACCCACACCGCUCCUUCACGUGUGUAUCUGCCCUCAUACACUUGGAACAAAAUGAAGCAAACUCUGUCAUUUCUCAGUGUCCAACCAAACUUCUUUCUGCAAAGAUUUAUAUUCUGGGCCUACACUGCAGUCUUUGGUGGCUGACGGCCACAGAAUUCAAAACCAAGUAGUGUCUGUCAGCCUUCUGAACUCUGCACACCCUGUUUCAGUUUCCUACAUUUGUUCUUCCCGGGAAUGUCUGCAUCUUUCUAUGUUUUUUCCCUCUCAAAACCAGAACAUCAACGCUGCUGUUUCUGACACUUAGACAUCCUACACAAAGCCACAUUGGAUUUUUGCCAAAUGAAAAAUGCAUCCAACAAUCAAGUUUCUAAGAAGGUGCCAAGUGGGGAAUGAUAAUGUGUAAUAAUCAAGAAAUGAAUUUAUUAAAGGAAGCAGAAACAUUGACCAUUUUUUUCCCAGGAAGGAGUAGAAAUCUGUAGUAAGCGUAAAGACAGGCUAUGAAUUCUCCUUAAAACAAACAAACAAAUAGUAUUCUCAUAAAGGAGAAGUACCACUUAAGUUUUUGUAAACCUAAGACUUUAGAGAAACUAACAGAUUUUAUUUUUUUUUAAUUUUUUUGAUUUUUUUAUGAGGUGGGGGUGAUGAGA